GUCAGCUGAUAUUCCUUGACAGCUCCCAGGGUGCUGGCUGCUUCGGGACCAAGCGAGAGAACCUGUCAAAGAAUAUGAAGAAAAACCGAGAAAGAUUCUGCAACAAAGAAAGGGAGUUUGUGUAUAAAUUCAAAGUAGGAACUGAGUGCUUAGAAUUGAGAGUACCCCUCAAAUUUCCUGUUCAGGAAAAUGCCAGUCAUUUGCAUGGACGUCUGAUGCUGCUUCACAGCUUGCCAUGCUUUAUAGAAAAUGACUUAAAAGAAGCUCUGAGCCACUUUAUAGAGGAAGAAUCCCUCAGGGAUUAUGAUAGAGAUGCUGAAGCAUGCUUGGAGGCUGUGAAAUCAGGUGAAGUAGAUUUACAUCAGCUGGCAAAUACAUGGGCCAAAGCUUAUGCUGAGAGUACAUUAGAGCAUGCAAGACCUGAAGAGCCCAGCUGGGAUGAAGAUUUUGCAGAUGUAUAUCAUGAUCUAAUACAUUCUCCUGCUUCUGAAACUCUUCUAAAUCUGGAACAUAAUUACUUUGUUAGUAUCUCAGAACUGAUUGGUGAAAGAGAUGUGGAGCUGAAAAAAUUAAGAGAAAGACAAGGUAUUGAAAUGGAAAAAGUAAUGCAGGAAUUGGGAAAAUCACUGACAGAUCAGGAUGUAAAUUCACUGGCUGCUCAGCAUUUUGAAUCCCAGCAGGACUUAGAAAAUAAAUGGUCAAAUGAAUUAAAACAAUCAACGGCCAUCCAAAAGCAAGAAUAUCAGGAAUGGGUAAUAAAACUUCAUCAAGAUCUAAAAAACCCCAACAACAGUUCACUCAGUGAGGAAAUUAAAGUUCAGCCAAAUCAAUUCAGAGAAUCUGUGGAAGCAGUUGGAAGGAUUUAUGAGGAACAGAGAAAGUUAGAAGAAAGUUUUACUAUUCACUUAGGAGCCCAGUUGAAGACCAUGCAUAAUUUGAGAUUGCUGAGAGCAGACAUGCUGGACUUCUGUAAGCAUAAAAGAAACCAUCGAAGUGGUGUGAAACUCCAUCGGCUCCAAACAGCACUGUCACUUUAUUCUACAUCUCUCUGUGGUCUGGUUUUACUAGUAGAUAAUCGAAUUAAUUCAUAUAGUGGUAUUAAGAGAGAUUUUGCCACAGUUUGCCAAGAGUGCACUGACUUCCAUUUUCCCCGAAUUGAAGAGCAACUGGAAGUUGUCCAGCAGGUGGCACUUUAUGCUAGAACACAGCGCAGGAGCAAGUUGAAAGAAGCACAUGAUUCUGGAAACCAAAAUGGAGGAAGUGAUGAUAAGAAUAAAAAUACUGAGAGAAAUUAUUUAAAUAUUUUACCUGGGGAAUUUUACAUAACACGACAUUCUAAUCUCUCAGAAAUCCAUGUUGCUUUCCAUCUUUGUGUGGAUGACAAUGUGAAAUCAGGAAAUAUCACUGCUCGUGAUCCUGCCAUUAUGGGACUUAGAAAUAUACUCAAGGUUUGCUGCACCCAUGACAUCACAACAAUAAGCAUUCCUCUGUUGCUGGUUCACGAUAUGUCAGAGGAAAUGACUAUACCCUGGUGCUUAAGGAGAGCAGAACUUGUGUUUAAGUGUGUCAAAGGUUUUAUGAUGGAAAUGGCUUCAUGGGAUGGAGGAAUUUCUAGGACUGUACAAUUUCUGGUGCCACAGAGUAUUUCUGAAGAAAUGUUUUAUCAACUUAGUAACAUGCUCCCCCAGAUCUUCCGAGUCUCAUCAACACUCACUCUGACAUCCAAGCACUAAACCCUUAUAGAUGGACACACUGGCAGAAGCGGAUUGUUAAACUCUCCAGGAACUUGAGCUAUGCUGGAAUCCUGUCAAGCAAAAGAUGUCCAGAAAGAGAACCUGCAACCUAAGCCACAAGUGAAAUCAUGAUAUAUGUCUGUGAAACAUUCCAAAAAUUUCUAUACUGAACAAACUAGUGAUCAGCCCCUAAAUGAAACAUUCAUUCUUAAAGUCU